GUGGAGUGAGAAGGUGUGGAAUGGAGCGGCGCGGGAAACACAAAAUAUAAACUAUAUCGUAUUUUGAAAAGGCGGAUUUUGGCAUAAACUGCUUCCGGCAGCAGGAAGGAUGUCUGUGACCAUGAGCAGAGCCGACGGGGUCACCGUGUUCACGUUGACCUCUGACCCUGACAGUCGUUGGCCUCCUCUGUGUCAGAUCCUGAAGAGCCUGUGCCACAGCCCGGCGUGCUGCUCCCUGUCUCAGCCGCUGAGGAACGUCCUGGGGACGUCUCAGUCCGUGCUCGGGGCCAUUCACAUUAUGAUCGGGCUGCUUCAAAUUGGCCUCAGCACCAUCCUCUUCCUGACUUACUAUGGUCCUUGGAUGUAUGAUCUCCUCCAAGUCAUGUUUGGGAUUUUAUCUGUGUUCAUUGUCUUUGGCAUCAUUUGCAUUUUGUCUGAGAAGUAUCCAAGUCCAUGUCUGGUCAUCAUCAACGUGAUCGUCAACCUGGCUGGAGUUGCUUUGGCCAUAACUGCCAUAGUGCUCUACAGCCUAAUCAUGGGAGACAUAUAUCCUUGGUUUGGCUGUGAGCAGAGGGACGACUACUACUGGCCAUAUGGACGCACGAUACCAAGUCUAUCUUUCCUUGAUACUCAGUACAUCAAGGAAAGAUGCUUGGAGGCCAGAGCUCUGACCGCGAUGCUGAUGAGAGGCAUCACUGGUAUCCUUAUCGUCCUGUCGGCCGUGGAGCUCUGUGUCACCAUCAGCACCGCUGUGCUGGGCAUCAAAGCUCUGACACGCUUCAGCGAGAAGGGGCACAAGACCCCAGAAGAUCCAGAGCUUUACAAGCCGCUGCUGGAGGAAGUUGCCACUGAGCCUGCAGCCUGAACAUCUUCCACUUCCUGUUAACCUUUGCUCCUCUGAUGAGGUUAAAAGCCACAUUAAUCAUUUACUAUAGUCACCUUAUUUUUAUACAUGUAGGUUUUUUCCACCAAAUUCUGCUUUUCUAUUGUUUUGUGCACUUUAAAUCUGAUCAUUUUAUGCUGCUUUUCUGUAUCGUUGCUGCUGUGGGUUUGGUCUAUUUUUGUAUUCUGAAGUUGGGAAUUGUUGAACAUUUGUGCAUGAGGUAUUUUUUCUAUGUAAUCCCAGUUUCCCAGCACUAAAUCAUGUAGAAAUGUGAUAAAUAAAUACAAAUGGCUAUGAAAACAAA